AAGCAGAAACGUAGAGAGCAAGCAAGCUAGCUCGCGCUCUGCUGCACGAGAAGAAGCAAAAUAAGCAAGUGGCGAGAGAAACAGGGAAACACCGAUCCCAACCAUGUCGGCUCGAAACCCUGGCACCGAGCUUGAUCUUGAAUGGGUUGAAAGUGUAAGAGUCAAUAAACCAGCAUGCUUCAAGAGGGCAGAUGAGCUGAAAGUACGCAGAGGGGUCAAGAAAAAUUACCAGAUUGCAUGGUUGCUGAAGGCAAUGACCUGUAUUGACCUUACAGCCCUGUCUGGCGAUGAUACAGAAACUAAUGUGCAGAGACUGUGCUUCAAGGCAAAGCAACCAAUCAGGAGAGACCUUCUGGAAGCAGUUGAGAUGCACAAGAAAGGUCUAACAGUUGGUGCUGUUUGUGUCUAUCCUGCAAGAGUUGCUGAUGCAGUGAGAAUACUAAAAGGACUGGGAGCUUCUCAUAUUCCGGUUGCAUCAGUUGCUACUGGUUUCCCUGCCGGUCAAACACACAUCAAGACAAGGCUUGCUGAAAUCAGAAUUGCUGUUGAAGAUGGAGCCAGAGAAAUUGAUAUCGUUAUCAACAGAGCUUAUGCUCUGGCAGGAAACUGGAAAGGUGUGUAUGAGGAGGUGAAAUCAUUCCGCGAAGCCUGUGGGCCAGCUCAUAUGAAGGCUAUUCUAGCAACGGGGGAACUGGGAUCACUAACAAAUGUCUACAAAGCAAGUCUAGUGGCUAUGAUGGCAGGCUCUGACUUCAUUAAAACCUCUACUGGUAAAGAAGGAGUGAAUGCCAUUCUACCUGUUGGCUUGGUCAUGGUACGAGCCAUUAGAGAAUACUAUAAGAAAACAGGUGUCAAGGUGGGUUUCAAGCCAGCUGGGGGUAUCCGUACAGCUAAGGAUGCUUGUACAUGGUUAUCUCUAAUGAAAGAAGAGCUUGGUAAUGACUGGUUAACCCCAGACCUCUUCCGUCUAGGAGCAAGCUCUCUACUGGGUGAUAUUGAACGUCAGCUCUUCCAUGGUGUAACAGGUCGAUAUGCUGCAGCUCAUGAAUUUGCUAUGGCAUAAAUAUAUUCUAUAUUCAAAAUGAAAUUCCCUUGAUGGAAUGUGUCUGAGUAAGACAUGUUAAAGGACCUUGAAGGAACAGUCUCCAACCUUUUAGAAAAUGACAAGGGGCUCUCUACUUUUAUUUGAAUGCAAAAUAUUAGUAGGUUAGCCCUUUUCACACUACAUAAAGCCAAUCCUCAGGAAAUUCCGUGGAAGUGUUAACCCGACUUCACCCUCUGUUCGUUUGACAUUUGAUGCAAUUUUCCUUGGGAAAAUGAACACUCGGCAUGCCCUUUGGGUUACCUUCUGUUUAAUCCUACUUAAGCCGUUUGGACACUCUUGCCCCCCAGGGAUUAACGGCUGGCCUUUUCACAUUAUGGUCACUGGCAAACCUCGGGGAGUAGCCACCCCUGCUCUGGAGAAGGGGUAAGUGGUAAAACCCUGGGGUGUUCUUGAAAUGUGCAGCUUGAACCCUGGGAAAUAGGGACCAGUGUGAAAGUGUGCCAGGGUAAAAUGUUGGGUACAAACAGUCUUGGGGCCUCCCCAUGGCUGUAUUCUACGGGGAUAAGAGAUACAGUGUCAAAAGGGUUUUACAAACAGAGGAAGCUCAUUCCUGGGAGCUUUGUAAAGCCAUGUUGAUUUUACCAAAAGUACUUCUAGUAAGCAAGAUCUUGUAGUGCAUAGAAACACAAGGACUGGGACAACAAACUUUGCUAUACAUGUAGCCUUCAUGACCUCUGUGAAAUUCUAGGCCUUGCGUUGACCACACAGCCAUAGUGGGGCAAGUUGGAGCAGCGACCAUUAGUCAACCACUAGUCAAUGUUCCAUGGUUACCUAUGCAUGCAAUACAUCCUGGGUACCAGCGAAGUCGCCUAAUGGUUGACAUUAGUCCCUUGCUUGAACUUACUCUAGGUGGCAGCAAACUUACCAAGUAGAUUUCCAUUGUUUUGGGCAUGCUCUCCAAGAACAACGGAUUUACCUGGUAAGUCUUGAAUGGUACUAAGGGCCCUUUUGCAAGAUAUUUGCAUUAAAUGGAAAGACUCUUGAUAUUGGGGGGAUGGAAACUGAUGUUUUUUUUUAAUACUCAUCACCAAAUUAAAAUAAUUGGCAAUCAACAGCAAAAAUGUUUCAAGUUUUAAUCUAAAAUGUACUAACUGCUUGUAAAAUAUAAUGUCAUCUCUUCAAAGCAACAAACCUUUCAUCCUAGGAGCUUGUACUACAUGUUGACCUUUUUCUGACACCCAUUGUUCCUUCAUACAUAAUUGCAUUUAUUUAUUGCUAAUUCAACUUAUCAGGUACAUAUAAAUUAAGUUGCACUGUGAAGAAUUUAUGAAAAUUGAUUUCUUACUUUCUUUGUGUGCUGAUAGUUUAUAUGAAUGAAUGAUUCAAAAAUGUUCAAAAGGUUGAAUUGAGUUCUUACUAAUUAUGGUGUGAUGUAUGUGAAUAGUUACGGCAGCGAUAUGUAAGGAUUCAGUUGGCAUUCCUUUCCCACUGAUAGGCUAUUGUUAUGAAUGAUCUAGGCCCAAUUUCAUAGAGCAUGACAUUUCUUUCUUGAUAAAAAAACAAGAUUACAAAAUUUCUUGUUGU